AUGACUCAAGAGUUUUCUAACUCUGAGUCAUUCAAGCAAGCAGCAUUUUACUCCCCUACAUCAUCUUCCGUGUCUUCGUCAUCCUCCUCCUCCUCGUCUUCUGAUUAUCAGAGAAAGAAAGUACGAAGAAGAAAAAAAGAGAAAAUAAGGAAGGAAAGAAACUUUGUAAAGACAGCUGUAAAUCCAAAUCAGGUUGUGAAAAGAUACAAAAAGAUCUUACGUCAGUUCAGGCAUUGGAAGAACUUGAGGUCUUCCUACAAGGCUGCCGGAGUGGACAGAAACACAGUGGUCUCCAGUGCUGCCAUUGCAGCAGAACUUGCCAUUGUGUCAUAAACAAAGUAUGAAGAACUCCUACAAGCCUACUCCAGAGGGCAGAAGCUGCAGACCUUUAUCCAGAAGUGUUCAGAUGCCUUAAGCAAUGACCCAGCACUUUUGUUAGAGGUUGAUCAUUUGAAAAAGGAUGGAAAGCUUCUCCCCAUGAUUAAGAGAAAGUAAAAAGUAGGGUGAUGUGCCAGGUUGGCAACGUCAUAGGCAUUAAUACAUGUUUAGGAGGAACAUAUUCUCCUUAAAGUGUUGAG